CACGAAUUGCCCCCGUUUUGUCAGCACAUGGAGACAGACAAGGCAUGAGCACCUUUUGCAUUGUAGACUGAACAAUGCCGCUCCUUCUUGCUCAGGUUUUUUAGCCGGGCAAAGAAACUGUUGCCUUUAGCUGGCCCAUUCUGCGGAGCACCAUGGAAUUCAGGCCAGAGAGGAUUGAUAUGGACACUGUGAUCUUGCUCACUUUUGCAGGCAUCCCCCUGGUUGGAUUGACCGGAUUCUUGCUCUCCAAAUGGACAUGUACGAUUUCAAAAGCUUGCUUGGCAGCCAGAUUUCGGCAGUGGUCUCUAGCAAACAUCACAGGUGUCUUCGCAGCGUGCGUGAGCGUCCUGCUGAUUUCUAUCUCCUCGGCUGGCCGAGGACAUUUGGACAGCACUGGCAAUGCCAGUGGAAUGGCCACUGAAGCAAUGAGAUGUUGACAGACAAUCCCUUUGCCUGAGAUCUACUGAGCACUAUCGCACUAUGAUGGGACAAAUGCGUGUAUUCUCAUGAAAGAGUUUGUCUGUCAGCUGGCAUAGUUUUUGCAGGAUAUUCUAAGACUCUUUCUUUCAACACUAGGUCAUACAGGCUAUCAUCGACCCAAUCUUUUGAAGCUCAAGCACAAGUAUCCUACAAAUGUGACUUUCCGCGUUUUGCUUCGCCGAGCAUAAUAAGGCUAUGUUCUUCACAAUGCUCUUUGCAUCUUACAAGUUCGGCUUUCAUGACAUUGUCCGGAUAUCAAGGGAAGCUGCAUGGCGCAUCCACUACACCUUGGGCCUUAUGACCCUGGUGAUUGGCUUCGCACAUUUGGUUUUAGUCUUUGAUGAACUCGGUGCACGUGUGGUCUUCGGUCGAUUGAAGGCAGUCUUUGGCUUGGUUGGCUUGGUGUUGAUGUUCAUGGGGACGGUUCCAGCAAAGUUCCUGAUCUAUGACCAGUUCAAAGUGCUGCACUUCCUGAGUUUCAUCGGACUUCUCUUUACAGUUUACCACAUGGUCGACGCUGCACUCCUGCACCGGAGUCUCGUCAGUAUUGUCACCGCAGUGGUGAACUGUGUGGUGCUUCUAGGUUACUUGGCCCAGAGAAUCUACAUAUGGGUAUCAUCAGGGAAGGCCGUGGUGAAAAAGUCUGAGGUCUCAAGAACUGGGCACAUUUUUCUCUACCUCUCAGUGCCAGGCUUCAAGUUCCAGCCAGGUCAGUGGAGCCGGCUGUACAUUCCCAGCAUCUCCGCAGUAGCCCAUCCUUUCACGCUCAUCCCAGCCAAUGGGAGGCAUGAUGCCAACGUGGCCAUUUUCAUGAAGGUCAGUGGUGAGUUCACCACAAAGCUCGCAUCUGCCUUGGAGGGCAAGGAAAAGCUUGAGAUAUCACUGCAGCCUCCCUACGGACGGCCAUGCCCUAUGACAACAGAUGCGGUCAUUUUUGUGCUGGGCGGUGUAGGAGUCACUCCUGCAUUGUCGCUGCUUCCCGCAGAAGCUGCGAAGGGAAAGAAGGUCAGCAUCUAUUGGUCACUUCGCAGUCAGGCUUUGUGUCAAGAGUCUCUCCCGUUUUUCCAGCAUCUCUUGGACGACGAGAACCUGAGCUGCGUGAAAGUCAAGGAUUCCAACCUGGUCCAACAGCCAGAGAGCAUCCCAACUUGGCUGGAAAAGAUGGCUGCCAGCUAUGAUUCUAAGGGUUUGAGCUCGGCCACCAUCUUUGUUUGUGGACCAGCAAGCAUGGCGGAAGAGGUCAGGAGAACCUUGGACUCAGACAAGUGGCCCAAGUCCAGCAUCAAGUGGCAGCUGCACGUGGAGGAGUUCCAGUUCUUGCCCAAGGUCUUGCAACCUGACGCCACGCGCGUCUCGAAAACAGGUGGAAACUCCAAGGAAUGUGCAACACAGGCCGCGCACAGCGGGGGACACGAGCAAGUAUGACUGGCAAGAAGACACAGAAUGAGCAGAAUUAAGUUACUCCAACUCCCAAUGCAAGGGUUGGUGCCAAUCUUUGUGCGCAUGUUUGAGCACAGCGCAACACGGCCUAUUUUUUUUUGUAUCUUUGACUGGGCCCUUCUGUGCAGCGUAAAGAGCACCUUACCUGACUGAACGAACAUCAGGAGAUAUGCCAAUGCAGCCUCCGAUGCCUCUGCAGUUUCUUUUGCGUGCAAUUUUGAGCGCAGUUUCGUUUGUGGCCCAUGUCGUCUUGAGUCCUUUUGUCUGUGCAGUGUAAAGAGCACAUUAAUUACCAGAUCAUUUGGAGAUAUGCUAAUGCAGACUCCUAUGCAGGCUUAGUGAUUCCGCUUUCCAAAAA